CACACCUUCAAGAGACUCCGAGAAGAAACACCAAAGAGCUAAUGGAUCAUUAAUCAUGCCUGACAAGGAAAUGGAGCAAACAACAGAAUACAACUAUUCCUCCUACUACGAUGAUACAGAAGGGUUAUAUAUAUCAGAGCCCUGCAACAAUGCCAAUGUGAAGGAGUUUGGACGGGUGUUUCUGCCUACACUCUACAGCCUGGUCUUCAUCGUGGGCUUCAUCGGUAACGGCCUGGUUGUCUGUGUCCUGGUGAAGUUUAGGAGUAUCAGAAGCAUGACAGACCUCUGUCUCUUCAACCUGGCUCUGUCUGACCUUUUCUUCAUCAUCUCCCUGCCUUUCUGGUCCCACUACGCCACCGCAGCCGAGUGGCUCCUGGGGGACUUUAUGUGCCGACUGGUAACCGGACUGUACAUGCUGGGGUUUUAUGGCAGCAUCUUCUUCAUGGUGAUCUUGACAGUGGAUUGCUAUGUGGUCAUAGUCCACGCUCACAAAAUGCCCAGGUUCAGAUCAGUCAGAGUAGGGGUCACUCUGUCUCUGUUCAUGUGGGCUCUCAGUCUCUGUGCCUCUCUGCCUACAAUCAUCUUCACAAAAGUAAAUAAUGAGUCCGGGCUUACAACAUGUAAACCAGAGUAUCCAGAGGGUAGCAUGUGGCGCCAGGUUUCUUAUUUAGAGAUGAAUGUCUUGGGUCUACUUCUCCCGCUCUCCGUCAUGGUGAUCUGCUAUUCCAGAAUCGUUCCGAUGUUAGUCAAUAUCAAAACCACCAAAAAGCACAAAGCCAUCAAACUGAUAAUCAUCAUAGUAGUGGUCUUUUUCUGCUUUUGGACCCCAUACAAUGUGGUCAUUCUCCUGCGUUAUCUGGAGACCCAGAGCUAUUUUGGGGACUGUACAACUCACACAAACAUAGAUCUGGCAAUGCAGUGGACAGAGGUGCUGGCGUUCACACACUGUUGUUUGAAUCCGAUCAUCUAUGCCUUUGCAGGGCAGAAAUUCAUGAGUCUUGUCCUGAAGUUACUAAGAAAAUGGAUGCCAAUGUGCUUUGCCAGGCCUCAUGUUAGUGGGUUGUCUGAACGAAAUAUCUCAGUCUAUUCCAGGUCUUCUGAAAUAUCAUCUACAAAACUGCUGUAGUUUGACUUGUAUGCAGACACAAUUCGAAUAUAAAAACUCUGAGAAGGGAAAAGACAGUAAAAGAUGUAAGGAAAAGGGGGAUUUCUUUGAAAGUGUGGCACUCAGCAUAGAUUCACAGCUAGGGUUGCUAACAGUAGAUACUGUAGAUAUCAGUUGCUCUUUUGUAUCUUAACAUGCUCCAAUUCCUUUGUUGAUAGAUCCCUUUAAAGAGUGUUAGUUGUGUCCUCGUGGUAUUGUGUGAAGUGCGAAAAAGGUAAAGAAAUUGACAUUAUGUACAGUGCAUUCGAAAAGUAUUCAGACCCCUUCCCUUUUUCCAAAUGUUGUUACGUUACAGCCUUAUUCUAAAAUUGAUUAAGUUAAAUGUUUUUAACAUCAACACCUCAUCAAUCUACACACAAAACCCAAUAACGACGAUGUGAAAAUAGGUAUUUCGACAUUUUUGCUAAUUUAUUAAAAAUAAAAGCAGAAAUACCUUAUUUACACAAGUAUUCAGAACCUUUGCUAUGAAACUUGAAAUUGAGCUCAGGUGCAUCCUGUUUCCAUUGAUCAUCCUUGAGAUGUUUCUACAACUUGAUUGGAGUCCACCUGUGGUAAAUUCAAUUGAUACGACAUGAUUUGGAAAGGCACAAACCUGUCUCUGUAAGAUCCCACAGUGCAUGUCAGAGCAAAAACCAAGCCAUGAGGUUGGACAGGAUUGUGUCGAGGCAGAGAUCUGGAACAUUUCUGCAGCAUUGAAGAACUUUGGAAACACCAAGACUCUUCCUAGAGAUGGCCGCCUGGCCAAACUGAGCAAUCGAGGGAGAAGGGCCUUGGUCAGAGAGGUGACCAAGAACCUGAUGGUCACUCUGACAGAGCUCCAGAGUUCCUCUGUGGAGAUGGAAGAAACUUCCAGAAGGACAACCAUCUCUGCAGCACUAAACCAAUCAGGCCUUUAUAGUAGAGUGGCCAAAUGGAAGCCACUCCUCAGUAAAAUGCACAUGACAGUUUUCCACUUGGAGUUUUCCAAAAGGCACCUAAAGGACUCUCAGUCCAUGGGAAACAAGAUUCUCUGGUCUGAUGAAACCAAGAUUGAACUCUUUGGCCUGAAUGCCAAGCGUCACGUCUGGAGGAAACCUGGCACCAUCCCUACGGUGAAGCAUGGUGGUGGCGGUAUCAUGCUGUGGGGAUGUGCUGUGUGCUGUGGGGAUGUUUUUCAGCGGCAGGGACUGGGAGACUAGUCAGGAUCGAGGGAAAGAUCAACGGAGUACAGAGAGAUCCUUAAUGAAAACCAUCUCCAGAGUGCUCAGGACCUCAUACUGAGGUGAAGGUUCACCUUCCAACAGGACAACAACCCUAAGCACACAGCCAAGAAAAUGCUGGAGUGGCUUCAGGAAAAGUUUCUGAAUGUCCCUGAGUGACCCAGCCAGCGCCCGGACUUGAACCCGAUCUAACAUCUCUGGAGAGACCUGAAAAUAGCUGUGCAGCAACGCUCCCUAUCCAACCUGACAGAGUUUGAGAGGAUCUGCAGAGAAGAAUGGGAGAAACUCCCCAAAUACAGGUGUGCCAAGCAUCAUACCCAAGAAGACUCAAGGCUGUAAUCGCUGCCAAAGGUGCUUCAACAAAGUACUGAGUAAAGGGUCUGAAUACUUAUGUAAAUGUGAUAUUUCCGUUUUGUUUUUUUCAAUUUGCAAUAAAAAACAGUUUUUACUUUUUCAUUAUGCGGUAUUGUGUGUAGAUUGAUGAGGGGAAAACUAUUGAAUCAAUUUUAGAAGAAGGCUGUAAUGUAACAAAACGUGGAAAAAGUCAAGGUGUCUGAAUACUUUCCGAAUGCGCUGUACAUAUAGUUAUAUUUGUUAACGGGGUCCCGUGUAGCUCAGUUGGUAGAGCAUGGCGCUUGCAACGCCAGGAUUGUGGGUUCGAUUCCCACGGGGGGGCCAGUACAAAAAAAAGUAUGAAUGUAUGCACUUGUAAGUCGCUCUGGAUAAGAGCGUCUGCUAAAUGACUUAAAUGUAAAUGUAAAUGUUAAAAAAUGUCAAGAUUGAUUCACCUUUUUUCUUCCAUUUUUGAGUUUGUAUGUUAUAGCUUUUUUCUUCUAAGAAUGUGACAGAAACCUGACUGGGGCAUUUGCUUUUUAACAAGCUAACCACAAAGCUAUGCUGUGUUUUUUUGAGGGGGACUAAUAAAUGUCACAACACUGCUGUCUGUUUAAAAAAAAUCACAAAUAAAAAAGCUGAGACUGCUGUUUUAUAAAUAGACAACACACUAGGAUGUGGCAUGAAACUUAUAUACAUGACUGUCUAGGAUUUGUGAUUACCUUGUCUUAAU